CUUCAGUCAGCGCCGACAUCUAUCUACUAAAUCAUGUUGAACAGACAAAUUGCCAGAGGUUUUGCCAGCACUAGCCGUGCCAGCAACUACGCUUCCACCAUUCAAAACUUGAAGGUUACCAAGGACACCAAGGUUAUCUUCCAGGGGUUCACCGGUAAGCAAGCUACUUUCCACGCCGAACAAGCCAUUGCUUACGGUACUCAAGUUGUUGGUGGUACUAAUCCAAAGAAGGCCGGUACCACUCACUUGGAUAGACCAGUUUUCGCUUCCGUUAAGGAUGCUAUCAAGGAAACUGGUGCUUCUGCCACUGGUAUUUUCGUUCCACCAUCAAUUGCAGCUGCUGCCAUUGAAGAAGCCAUUGAAGCUGAAAUUUCUCUUGCUGUUGCCAUCACUGAAGGUAUCCCACAACAUGACAUGGUCAGAAUUGCCCAAAUCUUGAAGACUCAAAGCAAGACCAGAUUAGUUGGUCCAAACUGUCCAGGUAUUAUUGCUCCAGAUCAAUGUAAGAUUGGUAUUAUGCCAUCCAGUAUCCACAAGAGAGGUAGAGUUGGUGUUAUUUCCAGAUCCGGUACCUUGACUUAUGAAGCUGUUGCCCAAACCACCAAGGUUGGUCUUGGUCAAUCUUUGGUCAUUGGUAUGGGUGGUGACCCAUUUCCAGGUACCAACUUUAUCGAUGCUUUGACUUUGUUCUUGGCUGAUAAGGAAACCGAAGGUAUCAUUUUGAUUGGUGAAAUCGGUGGUACUGCUGAAGAAGAAGCUGCUGAAUUCUUGAAGCAACACAACUUGACUAGACCAGAAGGUCCAAAGCCAGUUGUUUCCUUCAUUGCUGGUGUUUCUGCCCCACCAGGUAGAAGAAUGGGUCACGCUGGUGCCAUUGUUGCCGGUGGUAAGGGUGAUGCCAAGUCUAAGAUUGCUGCUUUGCAAAGUGCUGGUGUCAUUGUUGAACCAUCUCCAGCUAGAUUGGGUAACUCUUUGUUGCAAGAAUUCAAGAACAAGGGUCUUUUGUAAACAUGAUACAAAGCUAAUAGCAAACUUAUGAUUGAGUAGAUUUUA